AUGAGCUCGCAUAGACCAAUCAAGAGCAAUCCCUCAUCGCCUCAAAGGCGUCCUUCAGGCAGCAUACGAAGGUUUAUUGCCCGUCAUGGGUCAAAUUUACCUUCUUCUUCUUCUUCAAUGCCUUCUUCCAGUAAUGCGGCACAACCAAAAAAUGAAUCAACUCUAGUGCCCAUUCGACCAGAAGCAUUGAGACCGUACAUGAACACAGUAAACAAUAAGAACGAUGAAGGUACUUAUACCCCGUCGAAUGUCGCUUCAUCUUCACGUUCUUCCAACAUUGCAAUCGAUCACGAUCAAAAUACCCAAUACCUUGCCCAAGCUGCAAAUUACGCCUCUCUCGCUAAUCUUGUCAAACCUUCCGCAGAAUACCCCACGAUUCCACAAGUUGGAACGACUCAAUCAAAUCAAUCCGGCAUACAAGGAACCAGACAUCGCUUAGUUCGCACAAAAAGCGGCAGAAAAGUGAUUCAAACAAUCCGUUCGAUCGGUCAGCCAUCACCUAAUAACGUUGGACUUGCGCCACAAAGCUCACCUCAUUCUUUCCAAGAGAUUGAUCAUCAAAGUUUCGAAGCUGCUCCCCGAUUGUCUAUGUCAUCCGUUGAAAGUAGCGGAGGAAGUGAAGUAAAGACGCCCGAAUCAAUGAACGCAAAUCUUUCAUGGCAGUGUGCUAACGGCGAGAAGAGCACGAUGCAAUCUGCUUUUGCAGCCCCGGAAAUGGAUGGCCCGAUGAGCGUUAGUCCUCGUUUGACGCCUUCAUCGCCUGCACUUGUUGAUAUGAGCGAUGCUUUUCAUCAUAUUCGAGGUUUGGCAGCCGUUGGCUUUUCAACUGCUGAAGAUGUUGUACAGUCAUCCAUGGAUCCACAACUUCUUCAUGCAGCUAGAAAUAUGGAUGACGAGAACGAUUAUCAAAUGAAUAUGACGCCUGUCAGUACAAGUCCAGCUGGUCGUUCAUCAACGAUUAAGAUCAGAAGACCUGAUGCUUUACACAGAUUACCUGGCACAAGCUUUCACACUGAUCGUACCGUGACACCAACGACAUCAGAUCAUAGUUCUUUGGAACAAUUAUUUGAUGAAUUGCAAAUGCAUGAAAAGCCAGAAUCAUCUGUCAUCACAAAGGUCAGUCAAACGGUGGAGGAAGCUCAGCAUCCUCGAUUCAUGACUCCUUUCCCUGCCGCGGGCAGCUUGAGCCCGGCGAUCGAAUGUGCUGCCAGUCCAGACAGUUGGCGUACGCUGCUACCUGAACAUGAUCGGUUUUAUAUCCCAUCUGAAGCUUUGUCAAGCCGAUCAUCGAGUAUGGUAGGUUCGGAUAUCUUGCAGCGCAAUACGGUUCACAGCAGCAAUACGGAUUACGAUAGUGCAGGUGAUCGUCGUCGUUGGUCGAAUGAGAGCAAUAGUGGCGGCAAUAGCCAUGACAAUUCUCGCAAUACUCUUUACGAUUUAGAUGGUAGCUUUGGCGGUGCAAGAGCCGCUUUUGCGCCGUUGAAGUACAGUUACGAUCAAAACAGUCGCAGCUUGACCUCACCACUGUUACCUGAUCAAGAAUCGAUCGCAGGCUACAGUGAACCAAUGCGAAAGCAAGCAACUGAUUCGGGUGAACGGACUAGCACGCCCGAAUUGCAAAAGAGACAUGCCAGCUUUUCAGCUUUUGACAAGGGUAAUUCCAAACAGCGUUCAAGUUUCCGGCAGUCUGCAUGUAUGCCUUCAGACUUUACUGCGUACAAAUUCAAACGUUCGACGGCCAUGUCCAUGUCUUCAAGCGCUGCUUCCUUUGGUGCAAUUUCGCCUGGUUUGAUCAGCGUUGUGACGGAAGCACAAGAAGGCACAGAUGACGAUAAGCCACAUUAUACCGUGACGCCUUUCCCUGAUGGACAGAGACACGAUAUUCAUAUCCGUCAUGCAGACAGAGUUGAUGCUCCCCUUGGUGAAGUUCUGCAAGGUGACCCUUCCCUAUCGCGUGAGAUCUUGGUGGAAGCGUUCAAUAAUGGUUUGAAAGAUAGAAACGCUCAAGAAGGUGAUAGUGUUACCAAGCGCGUCGUCAGCACAACCACAACAACCACGACCAAGACUGUUGUGAAGGAAGAAGAUGAUUUGAUGGUUGAACAAUACGUGAAUCGAUAUGAACUGCGAACAUGUUUACCCGGUUUCCGAUUAGACCGUAUGAUUUUGGAAACUAAACGUGAUCAUCAAUUAAAGAUUACUGCCGAAACCAAGAAUGAAAUUGAAGAAGGAGUUGAUCAAAGAUUUGAACGUAAGAUUAAAUUUGGACCUGAUGCAGACCUCAAAGCUACAAGGGCACAUUUUGAUGGUCUAACACUUCAUAUCAACGUUCCACGAAUUCAACCGAGCGAAACGUAA